AUGUUACCUUUAUCUAGCCAGAUCUGGAAGAAAGCGUCUGAACCCAAAGCAGAAUUGGUUCCUGAUGGACUGAGGAAAUUCUCCACUCAUCGUGGGUUCUUCCAAUCAGGGCCCAGCAAAGACAUGGAUAGUGUCACUACGCAAAUCAUAAUAUGUUUCCGUGAGUUGUGUGCACUUUGCUGGAUGCUGCAUGUGAGGGACCAGCUCAGCAUUUCCUGCAGAAGGUACCAGGCUGCAAGGCAACAGGAGAAAGACACUCAGAUCUGGAAGAAAGCGUCUGAACCCAAAGCAGAAUUGGUUCCUGAUGGACUGAGGAAAUUCUCCACUCAUCGUGGGUUCUUCCAAUCAGGGCCCAGCAAAGACAUGGAUGGUGUCACUACACAAAUCAUAAUAUGUUUCCGUGAGUUGUGUGCACUUUGCUGGAUGCUGCAUGUGAGGGACCAGCUCAGCAUGUCCUGCAGAAGGUACCAGGCUGCAAGGCAACAGGAGAAAGACACUCAGGUCAGUGACGCGAGUGUGUCAGAUCUAUGCGUUGAGGCUCUGUGUUGGGCACGCCGCCUCGUGCCGUUCUGCCAUUUCCUGAACGCAGAGGAAGCCCUGCAGGACUUAGUGCUCAGCCUGGUGUCUGAACUGCCGCCCAGUCGUGUGACGGCAGAAACUCUAGCAAAAGUGUUUCCUGAUGAGACCGAGUCUGUUCGCGUGCCGCUGCGGGAUAAGUACACGUCGCUGGUGCAGAGACUGAGACCCAUGAUAGUGCCAGACACCUUGACACCAGAUGUGCCGCCAGGAAGCGAUAGGGAAGAUGAGGGUGGUGAUACCAUGAUGAUUCUGAUCCAGGAUCAGCUGAGGCAGCGACGCCGGGAGCUUCGGCGCCUGGCAAAGUACCUGGGCGCACCGGAGCCAUACCUGUGGGAGAGAGAGGAGGAGGAGGACAGGGGAGGUGCUGCCUCCAUACUGAAGCGCCUCUCUCUCGGGACUAGUUUGAGUGACAGCACGCUGACGGACUGUGGACGCCCCCUAGUGUACAGUGAAGGAGACACAGCCGAGACGCUGUCGGAGCCUCUUUCCCCAGAGCUGCAGACCAAAUCUGCACACAGUUCUAAGACAGCGACAUUUCUGGAUGCACCUGAGAAAUCAACACAAGAAAGAAAAGGAGAUAAAAGAUCAGGCACAGUGGAACCCAAAGCACCAGACUCGACUGUACCCGCAGUGGGAACCUGGGAGUUUGAGCUGGAGGAUGAGGAGUACACGCUCUUUCUAGAUUUGUUCCUCAGCUACAUGCUGGGAAAAGACAGACUGGACGCUGAGGGGUCCGAGCUGCCUUUACUGAGUGCUUUCUCACAACAGCUCCGUACUAGAGAGCUGCACUCGGUGACCUUUGACAUGCUGACCACUCUCAAACGCCGUCAGAAGGAUCGGAAACGAAGUGCGCAGUUACCACUCUUCCAUGCCGGUCACUGCUUCCAAACUCUCCCGGCUACUCCCAGACCUCCAGACCUUCAGUCCGACAUUCAUUCUACGUCCCCUUGGGCUCUUCCUGGACUCCAUACUGGGAAACAUCAAGGUCUUUUUGCCCUUCGUCGACAUGCUGCCUUAAUGUCCAAAGACGUUAAAGUAAAUUCGAUUGGCACAGACGUCGAGUCAACAGGCUUUAAGAUCCUCUCUCAGGCUGAAUUAGAUGUUCAGAUGGAGCUGGACUCCUCUCUCGAGGCCCGGUUUCCUCAGCUGGCCCGGCUGCUGGAGUGGAUGAUGCGCUGGGCCGACAGGCGGGUUCUGCUCUCUCAGCCAAUCAGAAAGACCUCAGAGGGCUCCGGUGAUUCGGUGGUCAUCAGGGUCAACGCCUCGACCCCUGCAGUGCUGACAGCGCUGGAGCUGCUAAAGCGUAGGUACAGCGCCGCCCUGCUGGGAGAAAACUCAAAUCACUCCCAUACUGCGGUAAGGAUGCAUUUUGAGAUGUAG